AUGGCUAUUAGGAUGGGACAGAAUUUGCCUGAAUACAAUCAUAUCCCUUCUGUUCAUUACUUCUACUGUUGUGGUUGCGGAGCUCAUGUUGCAAUCAUCUAUUACAUUCCGGCUCUACGGAUUAUUGCUCAAGUGUAUAUAUGCAGGUUUAGGGUUGAAGUAGCAGAAAACGAGCCACAACAUGGAGUAAUACAUGGCAUGAACUUGACCGUAGCCGUGACUUACUGUGUCCAAUGUGGAAACCUUCUCAUGUGGAAAAUUAUUGCCGUCUCCCAACCAUCUACUGUUUAUAGAGUAGGAGGAUCCAUCUUGAGAUUGGACGCGGUUAUUAGCUGGAACAAUGUAACGUUGUUUGAUUUUCUCAAUGGAGGCAAUAAUGAACAGGCUCCUAAUGAUCAAGAUGGAGGUGCAGGUGAAGAACAAGAUGGAAACGCUAAUGAACAAGAUUCAAGCGCUAACGAGCAAAAUCAAAAUGCUGAUCUGGAUGGAAAUGGAGGCAUUAAUGAACAAGUUCCUAAUCAAGAUGUAGCUAUCGUUGAGGGGCUGGGCAAUAUUGAUCUAAAUGCAAACAUUUGA